AUGUCUCAAUUCAAUCAACCGGGGCCCGGCGAGACCCCCCCAGCAUACUUCUCCGAGAAGACCAUCGACCGUAACCAAGAUGUAUCCUCAGUAGCCGCUUCACCGGUAGCCAAGUACGACAACAUCCUCGAAGUCAUUACCGCCGUGCUGGAUGGCGAGCUGAAGUCCGAUGGUGCACCGACCGACUAUGAAGUCAAACGAGUCCGUAACUUCCUGGGCUACUGCCUCGCGAUCGAUUACAACGUCGACAUUGGCGCAAAGCUGAGCGCCGCAGACAGAACGCACUUCCUGCGGCUCUCCACGCAGAUGUGCGAUCUUGAGCUCGCUCAACGAGUUGCUCCCACAACAGCAGAGGAACGCCAUAUAUUGGGUCCCUACUUCUGGACAUACAUCCACAAUCCGGCCAAAGCCCUGGGGUUACCCUCGGAUCUAGUCGUUCUAUACAUCCAUUCCUUCAAACGGUUCACUUCCGGCUCCGCGCAGUACAAAGGCAGCACACGCGGCAUCCUCCACGACGGUGGCCUCGGGAAACUUGCUUUCAAGCUCUACGUCGACAGGGAAGUUGUGAUUCCCGCCGUUGUCACGGCGGCGGAGGAGGGCAAACACCGCAAAGCUCUCCUCACGCAACUGAAUGAUUUCCAAGCCAUCUAUUUCGCCUCCAUAUCCGGCUUUAAAGCAUCAACUCUGAUGCGGGAUGGACGGUGGUGUCACGCGCACUUCGAAGACUAUGUCCUGAACAAUACCGGCGAGCAAUAUCGGGCCGAGCGUAUGCAUGGCACCGCCGGUCAGCCGCUCGCUCGCCUCGAGUCACGGAAGCCGGUGUGGGAAAGGGUGGACAAGAUCCUGGACCGGUUCAAGAAGCGAGCUGGUGUCAGGAGGGCGUUUCGCUGGGAGAAGACGCGGGAGGCUUGCACCAAAGGGCCGCAGGAUAAGAAUAUGGCUGACCCUAUGGGCCUGAGUGCGGAGGAUAAGUUGGUGCCUAAAAGUAUCUUCAAUACGGAUCUUUGGCAGCAGGAGAAGUUUCAUGGAAGUUACAUAUAG